AUGGCUCCCAGAACAGUCCUCAUCACUGGCUGUUCCUCAGGCAUUGGGUUGGCAUUGGCUGUGAAACUGGCCACCGAUUCCCAAGGACGCUUCAAAGUGCUGGCCACCAUGAGGGACCUGAGUUGCCGUGGACCCCUAGAGGAAGCAGCUGGAUCAGCUCUGGGGCAAACCCUAGAGAUUGGGCAACUAGACGUCUGUGAUGAGGACUCCAUCACCCGUUGCCUGAAUAAGCUUCCGGGACAAUAUGUGGACAUCCUUGUAAGCAAUGCAGGCAUAGGGCUCAUCGGGCCACUAGAGUCAUUGUCCCUGGAUGACAUGCGCCAGGUCAUGGAUACCAAUUUCUUUGGGUUGGUGCAGCUGGUUCGGGGACUGAUGCCUGCCAUGAAGCGCCAACGCCGGGGGCACAUCGUGGUUAUCAGCAGCAUCAUGGGCUUGCAGGGCAUCAUGUUCAAUGAUAUCUACGCAGCCUCCAAAUUCGCAGUGGAGGGUUUCUGUGAGAGUCUUCUGGUACAGGCACUUCAGUUCAACAUUUCGGUAACACUGGUAGAGCCAGGCCCUGUGACCUCAGAGUUCGAGGGAAAGCUGUAUUCCGGGGUGGAGCAGGUGGACUGUGUUGGCACUGACUCUGAGACGGCAGACAUCUUUACUCGAAUCUACUUGCCCAACUCCCGGGCUCUCUUUGCUAGCGUGAGCCAGAGUCCUGAAGAUGUGGCCGAGCACACCCUGAAGGUCAUCUGUGCCCGCCGCCCACCCUUUCGCCACCAAACCAACCCGGCCUACACGCCCAUGCUGGCCCUGAAGCGCGCCGACCCGUCCGGGGAGCUGGCUGGCACCGCCUUCUACAGCCUGGUGUUCCGUCACGGGCCACUACUCCGGGCCAGCCUUCACGCCGUGCGCUUCUGCCGCUGGAAGGCGCGCAAGCUCCGCCAGGCUUUACGUUUGCUCGGCCUCAGCUGA